GCAACAACAAGAGUGUUAAGUGAAUGCAAGAACGCCUGUGCAGUGCAUUAUAUACACACAUACAUAUCUAUACAUAACUAUAUGUACAUAUGUGGAGCAAUACACAGAACUGGGCUUACAGUCAGCUGAGCAAGCAAACACACAUACACACACCCAUACUCAUACAAAUUCAUACUAUGUGUGCAGCGAAAAGCAGGCAAUCGGUUGGAACGCUGAAAUGUUAAUUAAUGAGAUAAGCGCCUAUACCAAGCACUUAGUAUAACAACAAAACAUACAAACAAACGUACGUACAACAUAUUUGCCCGAAGUCCAAAAAGAGAAAAUGUCAACAAUAAGAAAAAUACAACGAGAAUAUCCACUCUGACGCAUAUAGACGCGUAUGUAGGCAUUUACAUACACCGACAAAUAUGUUAAUCAUAAGACUAUGCCACCUAGUGCCGCCAACAACAACAACCUAACCUAACUUAAGUUAACCCACCAAGAACAAAAGUGCCCAAAACAAAAAUCCCGACAACGCAAAAAAAUUCCAAUCGCCAAACGAUUUGCUGCGUCAAUAAGAAAUAUCAGCAACAGCAGAAUAGUAUCAGCAGAAUAUUGAGUUUCAAAAGAACAGCGCGCUGAACAAAAGUCACAACGACACGAGAAUAAUAUGCGCGGAUAAAAGCGAAAGCAGGAAGCAAAACAAGCAGUGUGAAAAAGAGUAACCCACCGAUAAAGCAAAGCAGUCAAACAGUGCCAACAAAACAAAAAAAAAAAAAAAAAUACAACAAAAAGCAGAUAAAAAGCGCAUUUAAAAUAAAACAAAACAGAAAACAACAACAAUUGAAAAUAUCAAAAGUUCAACAGCAGCAGCAGGAACAAAGCAGCAACAGCAACAUAUCCACCCCCCAAUCGAACAAACAACCAAACAAUACAAUACCAAAAAAAAAGUGAUAAAAAAAGAAAAAAAUAUAUAUAUACAAUAUUUCAAGCCAAACAAUAACAACACAACACAGUUCCAGCGUAAAAUAUGAAGCAAACACGUAAGGUUGCUCCCGAUGGCGGUUGGGGCUGGGUGGCCUGCUUCGGCGUCAGCUUAGUUAAUUUGGCCACCCGCUCGAUCGAGCCCUCUUUCGGUCUGCUCUUCGGCGAUUUACUACGCGAUCUCGAUGUCGGCACCACCGGCGCUGCCAUUAUAAUGAGCACACUCGAUGUGUGCAUGAAUUUCUCAGGUCUCUUCGUCGGUCCACUCUUGAAGGAGUUCUCCUACCGCAAAGUGGCUAUCGCUGGCUCACUGCUGUGUGGCAUUGGUUUGGCAGCCACCUCACCCGCAGCCAGCAUGGCGCACAUACUCAGUACGUACAGUGUGAUUAACGGUAUUGGUGUCGGUCUAUCCACGUCAGCCGCUUUUGUCGCGCUCAAUCACUACUUCAAGUAUAAACGUGGUCAAGCUGUGGGUCUCUCAAUGGCCGGCACUGCGUUAGGCAUGCUGAUCAUGCCACAGUUGGUACGCAUGUUGCUCGAAGCUUUUGGUUUUCGUGGCGCUGUGCUGAUGUUGGCCGGCAUCGCAUUGAAUUCGACAGUUGGUGCAGUGCUCUUACAACCCGCCAAAUGGCAUAUGAUCGAUGAGGUGAUUGAUGAGGAACUGAUGACAGUGCCAGUGUCACCGCCUACGCCGGAUGUGAAGGUCAUACGUGAGGAUGCCGCGGAAGAAGAUUCGCUACCCGAAUUGAAUACUCUACUCUUUCCCAAACAGCAAUAUAUGCGUAAGAAUUACUCAGAAAUGGCGAUGAAUACGAUGAAUGGUACUCGUGUGGGUAUGCCUAAGCGUCCCACCUUCCCGCGCAUCAUGUCACUAGCUGGUGUACAAUCGGCGGUUAAUAACAGCCAGUCACAUGGCGAUGUGAAUGCGACAUUGCGUAAUCGCAAACAUUCAGUCACGUCAAAUCUUUCCUAUAUGGACUUCACCGGUUCCAUAUUGCAAGUGCAUAUGAAUGUGGGCGAUGAAGAGUUCGAACGUAAUGAUCGUGAGCUAAAACGUGUCAACACAGCGGCGAGUGGCAUGGCGAAUGCGCAUCGUGAUUCUUUCAUAAAAAUGCGGCCAACAGAGACUGAAAAGAAUGAAGAAUUAGCAGCGAAGGAGGCGGAGAAGAAACCAGGUUUCUGGCGUCGUUUCGCAGAUCUCAUGGAUGUGGACUUAUUACGUGAUAAGAAAUUUUUAAAUAUACUUUUCGGUCUGUCGAUCUUCUAUGUGGGCGAGAUGAAUUUCAAAAUGGUCACGCCGUUCUUUUUCGCCAAUCUAGGCUACAAUAAGACAGAUGUAGCUUUCUGUUUGUCGAUAACAGCGAUCACAGAUAUUGCAGCCCGUAUAAUACUCCCGCCUAUCUUCGAUCGUACAACCAUCAAGAAGCGCACGGUGUUUCUAGUAUCCAUCAUCUUUGUAGGCAUAACGCGUUCGAUAAUGGCUGAACAAACCGAAUGGACUUCACUAAUGGUUUGGCUAUCGAUUUGCGGUUUCUUCCGUGGCUCUGCAUUGGCGAACUUCACACUCACCGUUUCCGAAUAUUGUUCGCUGGAAAAAUUACCCUCUGCCUUCGGUUGGCAUUUGGUUGGCAAAGCCGUAUUUGUCAUCUGUCUGGGGCCGCUGAUCGGUCUGAUUCGUGACGUCACCACCAGUUAUCCCAUCUGCAUACACGCACAAACAGUUUGCAUAUUUCUUUGUGUAAUCGCCUGGACGAUCGAGUAUUUGAUCACAUAUUUGAAAGAGAAAAAAUCGAAGGGGGGCAUCAAUGCCACAAUCGGACCCGAGACCAACAUCAAACACUAACACGUGCUUAAUUUCGUGAGAAGGGGAUAUUUUUAUAAGAAAAUUUUCGUGAAACUUACACUAUGAUAUACACACACACGCAUACUUAUACAUUUAAGUAGUUAGCUAUAUAUAAUAUUAUUUACAUACAUACAUAUGUAUGUAUGUAUAUAUAUUGUUGAAAUAUAUGUACUUAUGCAGUGAGAGAAAUUUCUUUAUACAUAUACUAUAAUAUAUAUACUUUAUGAAGUAAUGUAUAUAAGUAUAUAUGUACAUUAGUUAAAUACUUGCAUAACUGUUUGUAUGUGAGUUAGUGUUUAAUUAUAAAUUAUAACAAAAACAAAAACACAGCAUACAGCUCGUAAAUAAAUGAUAAAUGAAGUAUGUAUAGACAGACCCGUGUGCAUACGAGAAAUGUGCGAUUUCCAAUGUGAUAGUUCAAAUUAUGCUUAUAGAUCGUAAGGCUAGAGAUACGACGCGUGCGUUUAACGGUGUUACACUGUAACUGUACUCUAUUUUAUACAAUUUUCUAGCGAACACAUGAACCCAUAGAGCCAAAUGACACAUAAAAAAGAGGUCAAAGUUAAAACAACAAAAAAAAAAUACCGUAAAACAUUAUCGUAUUGAAUUGAAUUUGAAACGGCAAAA